UAAAAAUAAAAGUUAUUUUUGCGUAUCAGUGAUAAAAAAUUGUAAAAUGAAACUUUUAAUGUGUGGAAUGUGUUGAUAUCUGCCAGAAGAGCUAUAUUAUCAACAUGUUAUCAGUGAUUAUUUGGAUUUAUUUUUCUCGUGGAGAAGCACUUUUUUCGGCGUAACCUUCAUAAUGAUGCACAUGUUUUACUGGCUUGGUGUCAAGAUACAAGAUUUUAUAUUUCAUGGAUAUAAUAUAACUACAGUAUGGGGGUUUGUGUCAACUUGCAUAGGUUUAAUAGCGCUAGCAAUUGUUUACGAAACUAUGAAAAUCAGUCAAAUCAAAUUACGUCAAUUGACAAAGCAACAUAACCUGCCUAGUCCCAUCACUCAACCAACAGAUAGUUCGUCAUUGUUAUCAAGAGUGUCAGAAGUAUCAGUUGCAUCUGUGGGACCAUUUAGAUGCAACGCCUAUACAGCAUGGACUGUAGAAGUUGUACAUUGGUCAUUUCAUGUUACUUUGGGGUAUUUUCUUAUGUUAGCUGUAAUGACUUACAAUGGCUACAUAAGCAUUGCUUUGGUGGCAGGAAGUGGGAUUGGCUAUUACAUUUUUGGUCCAACGUUACUCGAAUUGAAAUUGAAAAAACUUCAAAAAUAUGAAAGAUUUAAAAAAUUAGAGCAAUGCCACCCUGAAUGUGCAGAUGUAGUAUCUAACGUAACGGAAAUUGCAGCAUCAAUAGUGCCAGAAAAUCAAGAAGCUGAAGUUAACAUCAACGUGAACGCAGAUGUUCACAUAUAAAGUGAUAAUUGAAAAAGUUGUUUGUAUAUAUACUUUUUAUACAUUGAUUGAAGACUAAAAAUUCAACAAA